GGGUGGCAGUGAAAUUAAAAUCGAUCAUUCUCGAAGACAUUGGCACAAAAGACGCACGUUCUUUAAAAAGAAGAAAAUAAUCUAAUCAAAUAAUUAAAUUCUCAUUUGUCGAAAUGGGCAAGGGAUUCGAAAAUUAGAGACAAUUGAAUUGAGUCUUUGAUUACAGAAAGAGAAAUUAAAAAGCCUUCAAGAUGAUGGGUAAAGUGAAAUCUCAGGGCCUUGUGUCCGACUUGAUGCCAAACAUCAAGCUGAUGCAAAUGUCCGGACAUUUUCUAUUCAAUUACACUGAAGAAACUGGUGGCAUGUCAUUGCUGCUGCGUAAAAUAUACGCCGCAAUGCACGCCUUCCUCAUCUUACUCAAUUUCGUCUGCAUGGGCAUCAACAUGGCGCAGUACUCUGAGGAAGUCAACGAACUCACCGCCAAUACCAUCACGGUCUUGUUCUUUGCACACACUAUUAUCAAGCUGGCCUUCUUUGCGAUCAACUCUAAGAGCUUCUACAGGACCCUGGCAGUGUGGAACCAGUCAAACAGCCACCCUCUCUUCACGGAGUCGGACGCCAGGUACCACCAGCUGUCGCUGGAUAAGAGCCGUCGGCUACUGUACUUUAUCUGUGGUACCACCUGCUUAUCUGUUGUCAGCUGGGUGACCCUCACGUUCUUCGGCGAGUCUGUCCGCCUGAUCGCCGACAAGGAGAGCAACGAUACGCUGACCGAGCCAGCUCCCAGGCUCCCGCUUAAGGCCUGGUACCCCUUCGAUACUAUGAGUGGAAGCAUGUACAUCAUGGCGUUCGUCUAUCAGAUCUACUGGCUCCUAUUCUCAAUGUUGAUCGCCAAUCUGUUGGACGUGAUGUUCUGCUCCUGGCUGAUCUUUGCUUGCGAGCAGCUGCAGCAUCUGAAAGCUAUCAUGAAGCCACUCAUGGAGCUCAGUGCUGCUCUGGACACCUACAGGCCUAACACUGCUGAGUUGUUCAGGGCGUCUUCUACUGAAAAGUCUGAGAAAGUCCCGGAGCCCACUGAUAUAGAUAUUCGCGGAAUAUAUUCCACGCAGCAAGAUUUUGGUAUGAUGCUGCGAGGGGCGGGCGGUCGCCUGCAGAACUUUAAUUCUACCAAUCCCAACCCGAACGGACUGACUCAGAAACAGGAAAUGUUAGCUAGAUCCGCUAUCAAGUAUUGGGUGGAACGACAUAAACACGUUGUGAGACUGGUGGCGUCCAUAGGAGAUACUUAUGGUACUGCUCUACUGUUUCACAUGUUAGUGUCAACCAUUACGCUUACACUUCUGGCUUAUCAAGCGACAAAGAUCGAUGGUCUCAACGUGUACGCGUUCAGCACAGUCGGUUACCUCAGUUACACCCUUGGGCAGGUGUUUCACUUCUGCAUCUUCGGCAACAGACUUAUUGAGGAGAGCUCUUCGGUGAUGGAAGCAGCGUACUCCUGCCAAUGGUACGACGGUUCUGAGGAAGCCAAGACCUUUGUCCAGAUUGUGUGCCAGCAGUGUCAGAAGGCUAUGAGCAUCUCAGGAGCUAAGUUCUUCACGGUUUCACUCGAUCUGUUCGCUUCUGUACUCGGCGCUGUUGUAACCUACUUCAUGGUGUUAGUACAACUGAAGUAGAAGCCAUCGAAUUAAUCAAAUUCAACUUACAAGCUUAUAUAUCUGAGUCUGCUGAACGAAAUGUAUUUGCCCCUUUGAGGUUGUUGAAAACUGAAAAGUUUCUCCUCGAAUCGCGGCGCGUCUCUGAGUCUCUAUUGUUUCCCAAAAAGUUUUAAGUUAUAAUGGAUUGUUUGUUCACAUUUUCGUUAGUCAUCAUUUGGUUUUUCUCAUCAACGCGUAACUUUUCAGGAUUUCUUAACACAAACCUAACCUCUUUACAUAAACCGUAAAGGUUUUCAAUAGUGGCUUAUUGUGUUAAACCUUGUUUCAAAAAUUAAUAGUGAAUAAAUAAAUAAAAAAAACUAAAAAAAACCUAACCUAACAUAUCCAUAGGAUAACCUAAGGAACUUCCUGAAAGGUUAACGGUUUCAGAAUUAUAACUAAUGAUAAUCUGCCAGUCAUUACAUUAUGAUUUAUGACUUUCAAUAAUUAUGUCAAACAAAGGGAUCCGUACUUAAGACUCAUUGACCUUUUUAGAAGAUAAUGAAAAUAAAAGAACAUAGACAACAUUUUGACUUGUAAACUGAUAGUAUAUUUAGGAAUCCUCUCGCCUUAGAAUUAGACGUUGAGGUCAAUAGUUAUGAUAAAGGGGAUAAAACUUAUAUAUUAUUAUACACCCCCUUGUUCGUUAUACUUUAGCCUCAAUUUGCUAAUGAAUGUUUUAUCCCUUUCUUACA